AUGUCAAAAGGUCCCAAAAGCAGGCCCAAACAUCGCAAAAAGACCAAAGAUGCGAUCAAACAACGCGAACAGCCCAAAAGCCGCGUCUUAACAAGAAAAUCCACAAACGAAAAUGAUAAUGGCAAUCGCAGAGUGGCACAAGAGCCUACAACCCCAAGAGCAACCUACGAAGAGUUUCUGCUAAGGACUGACGCAAUUGAGAACUGGCCAACCACUUACCUUGAAAACGGCGAUUUUUUUGUGGAAACAAUACGGUCGGCGGCUAGUGAAACGGACUUGGGUGGAGGCUCUCCUUCCGACAAUGACCAAAAUUCUUGCAGUGUGAGUGACGAAUUUCGCCACUAUGAUGUGCUUGAUGAGCUUCUGUGCGAGCAAGUAGACCCUGCGUUCAGCUUGGUACCGACGCCCAAUUCCAGGGCUGCAAGCGUCCUAGUGGCCAAAACUGCAAAUAACAGCUUUGAUUGGGAAAUUUCUGAUGAAAGUAAUGAUUCUCUUUCAUGGUCAGAACUAGUCUUGGAUGCACAAGCUAGGAUACAAACCGUACAUGCUAAAUUCUACACCGGUUUUUGGACCGGUGUCGUUAACAUAGGUCUUCAAGCAAGUGCUUGGACCGAAAAGCUAUAUGAAUUGAUAAUUAAGGCUGGAGAAGAACAGAGUUUAGAAACAAACAAGAACUACAAGCGCACAAAAAAGCAAAGAUUGAGACUUCUAGUAUCGAGAACUUUUAAAUACUCGCAAGCCCACCCCUACAGCGCUCUUUUCAUUUUUUCCUUCUCCGCUACAUUCGCACCUGUUCUGAUUGUAUUCAUCACUAUCAUGUCGAUUUUCUCCCUACUAAUGUCUCUGUUUUACCUAGGUAUUUUCCUAUCGGUGAGUGCCGUGGCGUCAGUGCUCAUCCUCCCUCUGAUGGGCAUGUCUAUGUUUUUCGCUAGCGGCGUGGUCGUUUGUGGCUUUUUCAGCAACAUAUUCUUUAGAUUGGCCCAGUUUGUGUAUGGUUCCUCAACGGUCUAUACUAAUAAGUCGCUAAGGUCGGUUGCUGAUCAAAUUCCACCAUCGGUUGGUUUUGCGGAGUCCACCGGUGGAGGUAGAAAUACCACCUUGGUUUCAAAGUUUUCCAACUAUUACAAGAGACAAGACUUAGGACCCCCGGAACCAAUUUUAAUUUCUGGAGCAGAUAUUCCAGUCAAAAGCUUAGGAAUACCGAUGACCAUGUAA